UCGAAUCGCAACCGUUCGCUCGAGUAUCUUCUUCACUACCGUCUGAGGCAUCGAUUUCGUAACAAAGCAACAGGUUGUUGAUUUAUUUCUCCGCGAGCGCCUUUCAAAGGUGAAGUCGCGUCCGUUAUUUACCUUUUUCCUCCGUGUGAUUGAUUGAACACGAAUUGGCCAACGUCGGAAGGACAGAUAAUUAUGCAGCCGUGCUUUUUCCUGGAAAGACGAUUGAUUUGAAAUGUUUCGUAAAUUUGCAAAAUAGCAGGGUUUGUUUUCUUUUUUUAUGAAGUGAAAAAUUUUUCCCCCUUGGAUGACUUUGGAUAUGCUACUCAGCUUUUAGACUUUUGUAGACAUCGUUGGUUGAAGGUUCUUACUCUGAGUCGAUAAUGGAACGAAGCAUACCCCAUAUCAGGAGUAUUUUCACCAACACUUCUUCCCGGAAAAAGUCCACCAGCGACACCCAGGACCUGUGCCAAUACGACAAGUCCCCAAGAAGUAAGAAGAAAACAAAAGAACCUCCCGCCGACUACUACGAGAAGCACGAGUUGGUCAACAAGAGUUCCAACUCACCGAAAAAGAAUGUUUUCGAUCUCGGGAAAGAGAACGUCAAAUCAAAAGAAGAAUCUCGAAAAAGCAACAGAAACGGCAAUUACAACACAUAUACCAGCAAGACAUUAACCGAACGUGACAUGAGACACUUGGAACGCCACCUGUCAAUGAAGAAGACUAUCAGGAAGCAAAUCAGUCGAAACCUGGCACAAGCCUUCCUGGAUAAUCCUGAUAUUUUCGAACCAGAAGACUACAAGCCGGAUAACCACAAGAACGAUCACAAGUUACCAAACAUGGCUGGAGACGCUAAUAUUGAGAAGACGGAACAGAACGUUCUAGAUCUGCUGAAGAUCAGCAUAGAGGACAGAGAUUCUGGGCAUUCCAGUCCAACCCAUGACACAUUGGAUGAUACCGAUGAAGAUGAAACCGAUGAGGAUGUGAAAGCUUGGAAAUCAUCGACGAAACAUCGUGACAGCGAGACCAAAGGCUUAGUGGAUGAAAGGCCAAGAAACCACAACCAAGAAUCCGAAAAGAAGUCGAUAUGGAAGAUGUUUUCUUCUCGUAAUAAAGGAAAAAGAUAAAUCAAGAGCUGAUAUUUGGUAAUUUUGUGGAGGAAGGGUUUCAGGAGUUCUGGUUAUAGUCAUUUUUUUCUUUUAUUUUGGAUUCACGAAUAUGUGAGAUAGUGAUUUGUAGUGAACUUUUGUGAAUUGUUUUUAACAGCACCAGUGUCUAUAUAUGAAGUGAUUUGAUUGCAAAUAUUUUUGAUAAUAUUGUCUUUGUACUUUCCAUUUUUCAGUGUGAUUAUACACGCUUCGUUAAAAUAAUACUUCGAAUUUUGCUUCAUAAUUUCAUCAUUUAACAAGGAAUAAUCAACUAAUCAUAAACCAUUUAAUAAUGCUUUGUGGAAUUCAAUUUUCUUCAUUAUCUGUUUAAAUAUACACUAGAUUUCAGGAAUUUGUAAAUUUGACUUAAAAAAAAAUUGUUCCUGCGACUUUAAUGAUUUAUUUCAUAAUUAUGGAAAUAAACCACCAAAGAUAUGUUAUAAAAAAAAGAGAAAAAGAACUACAUUUCACGCUUUUUCAAGAAACAAUUAUGUCAUAAUUCUAAAAAAUCAAGUUUCAACAUGAAAAAUAAGCUUGGUCAUGCAUUAUAAUGAUUAUUGGUAUUUGUAUUUUUAUUUUAUGAUGUAGUGUCUUUUCUAGUCACUUUAUGAAAAAGACAUGUAAAACUCAGCCUUCUGAGAAAAAUCAAAAAAUGCAAUUUUUUCUGAAAUAAUUUUGUGCGGUUUAUAAAUUUGGCAACAGAAAACAUGGAAGAGGUCUCAACUUGAAACCCACGGAACAAAAAUCUUAUUUACUUUCACAAGUGAAAAUUUUUUGUUAAUGAUAUUUGUACAAAUAGAAUUACAUUUGGUUAAACUUGAGAAAGUGGCACUAUGUCGCCAACAAGUUCAAUGUACUUUCGCCUAUCUUUCAGAUGAUUACCAUUUUUAAUGGUGUUUAAGGAUUAAAAUAUAAUUUUUGUUUUCGGAUUUGGCGAAUAAUCGCUUGAGAAAAUUCAAGUUUGGCCACGUAAUCGUGUUUUCAUGUCUAAACGAUAAUCAUAAUAAUUGUAUUUUACUUUUUAUAAGAAUCAAAGUAGAUUGUAUUAGACCUAUUUUAGUUAACAAACAUUGUUCUUUUGAACAAAACUGAGAACUUCAUUUUGUAUUCUGUUGCUCUAGUAAACAACAGCUGAACUAAAAUGUUCGAAUCUCUUCUGCUGAAAGAAUGCUAAAUAUUGAUCAGACGAUAUUUCAACAAAAUACUUUAUAAACAAUUGUGCAACGAAUUAAUUUGAACUUUUUCUUCGUCUUUGUAUUGCAAGAUUUGCCGAGACUUUUCAAUAAGACUGGCUGGCACAUUGCAGAGUCCUUGAGCGAUUUCAAGGACAAAUGAUGUCAUUUUCUUUGAAUGCGAUUUGAACUUUGAAAUAUUUAUGUGUUUUUCACUCUUUUUAAGUGUUUGAUCAUCUGCUUUGAAUUUCUGAGAAAUUGAUAAAAUCCCGCAUUGUUAUGUGUGUAAUUUUCUAUGGUAUGCUUUGCUUUUUAUUUCGAAUGUAUAGCUUGGGUUCUAGUAAACUUUGCAUAGUAUAUUUUUGUUGCUGAAGUAUUAGACAUAAUUAGACAUCUUUAAAAUAUUUAAAUUGCUUCAUUUUUUUUUUUUUUUUUUUUUUUUUUUUUUUGCAAUCGUGUUUUAAUAUGAUGUUUGUUCGAUUAGAUAAAUGCUUGAAGAAAAACGAACUAUAAUCUGCUAAUUUUUCAGCUGCGUAUUCCGCGAUUAACGUUAUAUUUAACUAUCUGCCGCAAACUAGUGCGUUUGCUUCUUAUAUUAUAACGCUGAAUAACAUUCUAUUAUCAUUACAGCAUUCGAUAAGUUACAGUAACUUAUUUUAUGAUAAAUGGAUAUAUAUAGAAUCUGUUUAUUUAAUAUUUCUUUCAAAAUAGACCCCCAGAAACUAUGAAUAUUUACCUUCACUUCUACAAAGAUGUAAAUGCGGAAUUUCCUAUUUUUCUGCAGUGCUUUCAUCGUUGCACUUCUUCGGAAUUUGAGAAUCGUUCCCCUGUAAACAAAUUCUUGAUUCGUGAAGGGAGAAGGACUGCAUCAGGGAAAUAGGAUUAUGGAAAUAUCAGAAGGUUAUUUUCAACAGCUAAUAAUUUAAUUCCAGGGCAGACAAUCCUGCCACUGUUUGUCACUAGGGAUUGCAAUACCGGGAUACCGAAUACCGGUAUUUUGAGCCAUUUAUACAAUUUCGUAAUACCGGUAUUCACAAGCUUAAAUACCGGUUUUCCGGUAUUUACUAGAAAUUUUUAAAAUUGUCUCCACUAUAUGUUCAGGUAUCGCAAACAUAGCAAAAUAGUAUACGUUUAUACGUUUUUGUUUUCAUGUCUCCAUAACGGGCGAAAUUAAUUAGCUAAUUAAUGGCUUAAUUAAUUGCUUAAAUCUAAAUUAGCGAAACAUGGAUUAUCCCUGAAAGAAAAUAUCGUAUCCAUAACGAUUGAUGGGGCAACAAUUAUGAAAAAAGUUGGAAAGUGGAUUGGUGCAAAUCAGCAGUUGUGCUAUGCACAUGGAAUUCAAUUAGGAGUAAUAGAUGUGUUAUACCGAAAAAAUAAAAAACAGAAGAAUCCAAAUACUGUGGAUAUAGAAAUUUCGGAUUCCAACUUUGAAAAGAGUAAGAGUGAGAGCGAUAUUGGCAAUGAAGAUAAUGACAAUGUAAUUGUUGAAGAAGAUAUUGCUCAUGAGGAUGAAAUAUUAACCUAUCAAGAAUUGCUUCCUAUAAUUUAUAAAGUUCGAAAAAUUGUUAAGAUAUUUAAACGUUUCCCUAUAAAAAGGAUAUAUUACUAAAAUAUAUACUAACUGAAAAUAAAACAGAAUAUAUGUUAGUAUUAGAUUCUAAAACAUGUUGGAACAGUUUACUCCUAAUGAUGGAACGAUUUUUGAAACUGGGAAAUCUAAUCAAAAAAGCAAUAAUCGACUUAAACCUGUAAAUUAAUUUUUCAGAUAGUGAAUUCGGCUUAAUAUCCAGAACUAUAUAAGCUCUACUUCCAAUAAAACUGACUAUUGAGGCAUUAUGUCGGAGAGAUUUUAAUUUAUUAACAGCUAAUGCAACAAUAAAUUUCAUGUAGCAGUCACUGAAAGAACAGCACACAUCACCAUCUGAAGAAUUAUAUAUUACAUUAAAAAGUCUCACAGAAGAAAGGCUUACCGAAAUAGAAAAUGUCUUAUGGUAUUUACAUAAUUAUAAUGAUUUUAAAAAUGAAAAUGAAAAAGAAGAAAAGAAAAUAACCAAUUCAAAUCUGAUUAAAUUUAGAGUAAAUUUUCUUAAAAUUGUUUACCCACAAACCUAUCCACAUUCGGAAGAAUUCGGUUCAAUUAUCGAAGAUUAUGAUGUCACUACUGUCGAUAGUGAAAAGGAAUUGUCUCUUGAACAAAAAUUAGAAUUAGCGAUAAAUAAAAUUUCAACGAACCAAAAAUACAAUACAGAAAUCAGUUAUAUCCAAAACCAUCCGACGGGAAAUCGAUUUAUUUGAAGAUGAGGGAUUUAGAGGUAAAUACUCGGAAAAAGUUAAUUGCUAACAGUACCACCAACUAUCGUAGAUGCCGAAAGUGUGUUUUCUACAGCUGGUAAUUUUUACACAAAAUUACUUUUCAGGCUUAAUGACAGUACAAUAGAUGCAUUAUGUUUUUUAAGAUCACAUUUCAAAAAUUUGCAAUAGUGCCACAGACUGAAUAGUGAUAUUUACACUUUUUUUGUGAUUUAAAUAAAUAAGAUUCUUUACUUUUUUGUGAUUAUAUACUGUAAUAAUUUAUAAGUUACAAAUUAUUUUUGUGAUAAUUACACUCUCUAACAAAACUGGCGAAUAAAACAAAGAAACACCUGUGUUUUCUUUCUUUUUCUAAAAUUUCUAAUACCGGUAUCCCGGUAUUAAGAUUUAAAAAAUACCGAAUACCGGUAUUGAAAUUUUGGUCCGGUAUUGCAAUCCCUAUUUGUCACGUACUAUUAACCAUAUUUCAUUAUUACUAAUACCUUCAAUAAGUCCUAGAACCUUUUUUUACAGAAAAAUAAUACAGAUAGAAUCUAUUAUAUUUCUUUCGAAUUAAUUGCCUUCUGCAACUGUGCAUUUUUACUAUCGUCAAGCAAUGAUGCAGAUGCGGAAUACAAGCCUGCUUUGCCCAACUCCGCUAAUGCUUUCUUUGUUGCACUUCUUCGGCACUUGAGAAUCGUUCCGUCUCAAACAAUUUUUUUAUCCCGGGGGGGGGGGGAUCACAUGGGAGGAUCAGGGAAAUAAGAUGGUUGUGGCAAACUAGAAUGUUAUGUUUCAAAAGAUAAUUUGACACUAGAAGAGAUCUGCAAGUCAAUGAUUUAUGUCUACAAAGUGUCAGAGAGUAAAGUUUCAACGUAAUCAUGAGCUAAGUUCAUAUGUUGUACUGAAUUAAACUGAUUAAAACCUAUUCUAAAUAGUUGGUUACAUAAUGCUCGUCACUUGCUUUACAGGUAAUGGAAUAUUGCAUUUAUAUUUAAAAAGAACUUUGUAUAUAAGCUCCAAAACUUUCCGAAUUCAAUGGUAUAAAGUCGCUUCUAAAUAACAAUUCGCCUCGUUUGUAAAGUAUUUUGAUUUAUGAAUAAACAACUUGAUAACACUUAACAUAAACACUAAAUAACAAUUUUAAAAAUUUUGCAACUGCAUGCGAAAUGAAUGCAAGAGUGAAUGGGUUUAAUGUUCUUUGUUGUUAUUUUUAUCAGAGUCAAUAACAAUGUUUCCAAAUUAUAGUGGUUAUUUAAAUAUUACGUAAAUUUAAAUAUUAUUAUUUUACUGUAAAUAUAGUAAAACUGAACGCUGUUGUCAACUGGCCAUAUGUGUUACUGUGAAAGACCACAUUUAGAGAAUGUCGAUAUUUAUGGAAAAUGUUGGCAAUCACUACAUGCAGCUCUUUUACAGUAGUAUAUACACUUGUAUAACAGCCAGGUAUUUAUUUAUCAUCUCCAUAGGAAUUACAGCAAAAUAUUUUUUUCCCUUUGCAAUUUCAUCUAAAUGCUGUAACUAAAAUAUUUCAUCUCUCUGUGCUAGUUUAUUAACAAUUUGUGUCGGUGGGAGUUUUUCAUUGUAAAUACAUAUUUUAUUGUCCAGUGUAUUGUUUUUAUUGUACUCGAACUGCUGAAUCCUAUAUUAAUGAAAUAAAAAU